GCUGGCACUGCUUCAGGUCACCAUAAUCAGUGAUCCCAGGGAGGGACCCCAUCCCCAAAAGCCAGAGAGAAGGGCUUCAAGUGACCCUGAGGCUGGUGCCCAUGAGGGCAGCACCCACCCCAUGCUCUCUCCAGAACACCCUUGAGCAUUUCCAGCCCAUCCUAGAGGGGCCAGGUCAGGCCAGGUGCCAGAGUCCCCUGGUAGCACCUGGAGCAGGUGCCUUUCCGCUUCAAGCUUCAAGCUGGCAAGGUCCUGGAUCUGUCACUUGGUUGCACUCAGUGCUGGCGCCAACCCCAGUGCCCUCACACCACGGCUGGGCCAUCAAUCAGCCAGCACCAGGGUGGAAUUUCAUUCAUCUCCCUGCCUCCCUUUCUCCUUCCCCUCCUCCUCCGGCAUCCAUCUCUCUUGUGGCUGAGAGCCUGGCUUCUGGAGCCUGGCUUCCUGGGUUUGAAUCCCAGCUGAGCAAGUUAUUUAGCUUCUCUGGGCCUCAGCUUCGCAUCUAUAAAGUAGAGACAAGUAUUCCAUGGAUAGUUUUAAAUGUACUCUAAUAAUUAAGUAUUAUUAUUAACCACCCGCCACCACUACCACCACCUUCCUACCCUGUGCCCUUCUCCUUCACCUGCGAAAAGAACUGCCACUUUUGAGGCUGUUUCCUUCUCUGAGGGAGGCUUCCCAGCCUGGUCAUGUUCCCUAUGCUGGGCACUGGAGGAAGAGUUCCAGGGAGACACUGUGGAGGCUGGCUGUGGAGAUAGGGAGCAAACACCUAGAGUGCUAGGAAGGUGAGGGCCCGGGAGGGCUCCAUGGAGGGGCAGCAUUUGAGCUGGGUGUUGGAACUGAACAAUCAGGGACAGAGGGAAGCGUAUUCCAAAUAGAAGGGGCAGUGAGAGCAGAGGCUUGGGAUGUGGAAGCAGAGAAUGGAAGCGUAUGUUUGGAGAAUGGUGAGAAGGCAAGUUUGGGGUGAGCAGAAACUACAGGGGGCCCUGCAGUGGCGGGAAGGCUGGGAGGAGGGACUCUCAGUUCCUGCUUCGGCCCCAUCUACUCCCCUGGGAGCUCUCCUGGCAGCAAGCCUCACCCCACCCCCAUCCCUGGGUCCUGCAGCAGAAGCCUGUCCCCGCCUCCAGGCAGGCCUCUUGGUGAGGAGGGAGCCUACCGGCCCUGGACUAUGCUCGGCCUCCAGUAAGCUCUCCAUGGUGCUGUGGGACAUCAGCCACAAGCCACACAGCAGACCUGCCUGGCCCACCCAUUGGCCCAUCACUAGCAGGACCCCUGGUGCUACACCCUCAUUUUAUAGGUGUUGCAUCUGAGUCCCAGAGAGAGGGAAGCCCCUAACUCAAGUCACAUAGCCAUUUGGUGGCAGAGUGAGGGCUCCCAGGGGAUGGGGGCAAGGGCAGGGGGCGGGGUCAUCUCUCAGGUCUGCCCCAGUGGGUCCUAUCAGCUGGAGGGCCCUGAACCCAGUCCUUCUCACCCUCUCACCAUCUGUGGAAGGUCCCUACCCACAGUGACUUGGUUUUGGCUCAGUCCCUAGCUGUCCACCUCCUCCUUAGGGGUUCUCAGAGGAGGCAGUGGCACACCCCAAGCAGCAGAGAGCAGGCUGCUCAUGGUGACAGUGGGUCGGGAGCCCCACAGGCCCCAGAGUGAGGAGUCACAUGAAGAAAACAGUGUUUGUGUCUGGAAAGGAAGUGCAGGAGGGAUCCCGGUGGGAAGAGACUUAGUGGUGAAGAUGGAGAGGAGAUAAUACCCCGCCCCAGGGAGGGGAGCAAGGAGAACCUGGGCUCCGAGGGAAAAGGGGCACAUCUGGAGAAUGUCACAAAGAAGGGUACUGGGAACUUGCUGAUGACUUAGGGUGUAGCCUCCAUUCCUUUAUCCGAGAGGGGCUGCGACCAAGCCAGACCAAUGGUUCUAUAGUGGCUGUUACAGUUACUGUUGAUAAUAGUUACCUGUCAAUGGAGAGCUUCUCUUCUGAGGGUUUAACAUGUAUUCAUCAUUCAUUUAAUCUGUACAAGAAUCCCACGAGGUAGGUGCUAUUUACGAUCCCCAUUUUACAGAAGCAAAACUGUGGCACUGAGAAAUUAAAUCACUUGCCCGAGACGACCCAGAAACUAAUUGUUGGAAGUGGAAUGUGAACCCAGGUGGUCUGACUCCUGGUCUGUACGUGUACACGCUGUGCAGUGUCAUCCAUGCGGCCGUGAUAUUGCCUGGUGUCACCUACAUACAUAGCUGGCACUUAUCUGGGCACUGGGGGCACCGUCCCCACGGAGCAUCCUUCCUGAGCCCAUCUAGUACACUCCUAGGAGCCCCCCCCCCCCCACCCAGCUCUGGGCUCACCAAAGCAGGAGGAUCAGUGGCUGAAGGGGGAGGGGUUGUGUGCAGGAAGGAGCAAGGACUGACUCCCAGCCAGACUACCAGUCUGUGGGGACAGGAGUGGCGCGGGCCCUGUGAGGCCCUCCCUGCUGAGACUGACCGGCUAUGCAGUCUCCUAGUGGCAGCGGUGGCCGUGGAAGAGGGGGUCUCCCCAGAACGAGCUCUCUCAAGACUCAAGCACUGAACAGGGAGUCAAGGACCCAACGUUCUCCACCCUGUUCCAGGCCAGCCUCAACCCCUCACCAGCUGCAGAGCCUGGCGGUGGAGGAGCCUCAGCACUGGUGGCUGUGGACACCCUGGCAGCCCCAACCAGCUCUACGCUUUCCCCUUUGCUCCUCCCCUACCCUGUUCCCGGGACCCAGGCUGCUAAUGCAUGAGGGGGAGAAGGCCAGCCCUUAACCUCAGCCCCCUCUAGGGACCCAAAGAGCACCUGAUGUGACUACAGGAACCCUGUCUCUGGUGUGUGCUCACUGCCUCAAACCCUCCCGUGGCCCUUCGCUUCCUACAGAAUGAAGAGCAACCCUCUCGUGGUGCCCAAGGCCCUUGCUUAUCUGGCCCCAGCCUGUGCCUCCACUCUUGCCCCCUCCAGGCCUCCAAUACUACAGUACCGGGGAAAGAGAGGACGCUUUCUGCUCUUGCCCUCUUUCCUCUUUUACCCCCUCUUCUGUCUACCUGCAAUACCCCUUUCCCCACAGAGGGAGAACUCUUAUUCAGCCAACAAGGCCCUGAUUAAGUAUCCCCUCUCUCAGAGCCUUCCCUGCUUCCCCUUCUCUGAGCUUCAUGAGAGCAGGGGGUAAGUGUUUGAUGUCUUCUCUUCUGUGUCCUGGCAUCUGGCCUAAUAAUUGGCCUGAGGUGCCUUGGCCCCAGCUGCCCUUGAAGUCACCACGAUGUGGUCCCUACCAGCUGCCCUCUCCCUGCUCAUGCUGCUCCUGCUCCUGCUCCAGGCCCCUCCUUGCAGGCUACAGUCACUGGGCACCACGAAGCUACGGCUGGUGGGCCCAGAGAGCAGGCCAGAGGAGGGCCGCCUGGAGGUGCUGUACCAGGGCCAGUGGGGCACUGUGUGUGACGAUGACUUCGCUCUCCAGGAGGCCACGGUGGCCUGCCGCCAACUGGGCUUUGAAACAGCCUUGACCUGGGCCCACAGUGCCAAGUAUGGCCAAGGGGAGGGACCCAUCUGGCUGGACAAUGUGCGCUGUAUGGGCACAGAGAGCUCCCUGGACCAGUGCAUGUCCAAUGGCUGGGGUGUCAGUGACUGCAGUCACUCGGAGGACAUUGGGGUGGUGUGUCACCCCCAGCGCCAGCGUGGCUAUCUUUCUGAGAGGGUCUCCAAUGCCCUUGGACCCCAGGGCCGGCGGCUGGAGGAGGUGCGGCUCAAGCCCAUUCUCGCCAGCACCAAGCGGCACAGCCUGGUGACCGAGGGAGCAGUGGAGGUGAGGUACGAGGGACAUUGGCGGCAGGUGUGUGACCAGGGCUGGACCAGGAACAACAGCAAGGUGGUGUGUGGGAUGCUGGGCUUCCCCAGCGAGGCACCUGUCAACAGUCACUACUACAGGAAAGUCUGGAAUUUGAAGAUGAAGGACCCCAAGUCUAGGCUGAAGAGCCUGACACAGAAGAAUUCCUUCUGGAUCCACCAGGUCAACUGCCUGGGGACAGAGCCCCACAUGGCCAACUGCCAGGUGCAGGUGGCUCCAGCACGGGGCAAGCUGCGGCCAGCAUGCCCGGGUGGCAUGCACACUGUGGUCAGCUGUGUGGCAGGGCCCCGCUUCCGCCCUGCGAAGGCAAAGCCUGGGCUCAAGGAAUCCUGGGCAGAGCAGGAGCCGAAAGUGCGCCUCCGCUCUGGGGCCCAGGUGGGUGAAGGCCGGGUGGAGGUGCUCAGGAACCACCAGUGGGGUACCGUCUGUGACCACGGAUGGAACCUCAUCUCCGCCAGCAUUGUGUGUCGUCAGCUUGGCUUUGGCUCUGCUCGGGAGGCCCUCUUUGGGGCGCAGCUGGGCCAAGGACUGGGGCCCAUCCACCUGAGUGAGGUGCGCUGCAGGGGGUAUGAGCGGACCCUCACUGACUGCCCCUCCCUGGAAGGGUCCCAGAAUGGUUGUCAACAUGAGAAUGAUGCCGCCGUCAGGUGCAACGUCCCUAACAUGGGCUUCCAGAAUCAGGUGCGCCUGGCCGGUGGGCGCAGCCCUGAGGAGGGUGUGGUGGAGGUGCAGGUAGAGGUGAAUGGAGUCCAGCGCUGGGGGGCCGUGUGCAGCGAUCACUGGGGGCUCAGCGAAGCCAUGGUGGCCUGCCGACAGCUCGGCCUGGGUUUUGCCAGCCACGCGAUCAAGGACACCUGGUACUGGCAGGGGACGCCGGGGGCCGGAGAGGUGGUGAUGAGCGGCGUGCGCUGCUCAGGCACAGAGCUUGCCCUGCAGCAGUGCUCGCGGCACGGGCCGGUGCACUGCUCCCACGGCGCGGGGCGCUUCUCGGCCGGAGUUUCCUGCACAGACAGUGCUCCGGACCUUGUGAUGAAUGCCCAGCUGGUGCAGGAGACGGCUUACUUGGAGGACCGCCCGCUCAGCCAGCUGUACUGUGCCCACGAAGAGAACUGCCUGUCCCAGUCUGCCGACCUCAUGGACUGGCCCUACGGGCACCGGCGCCUCUUGCGCUUCUCCUCACAGAUCUACAACCUGGGCCGGGCUGACUUCCGUCCCAAGACAGGCCGCCACAGCUGGAUUUGGCACCAGUGCCACAGGCACUACCACAGCAUUGAGGUCUUCACCCACUAUGACCUACUCACUCUCAAUGGCUCCAAGGUGGCUGAGGGGCACAAGGCCAGCUUCUGCCUGGAGGACACAAAUUGCCCCACAGGACUACAGAAGCGCUAUGCGUGUGCCAACUUUGGGGAGCAGGGAGUGACUGUCGGCUGCUGGGACACCUACCGGCAUGACAUUGAUUGCCAGUGGGUGGACAUCACAGAUGUGGGCCCUGGGAAUUAUAUCUUCCAGGUGGUUGUGAACCCCAAAUACGAGGUGGCAGAGUCUGAUUUCUCUAACAACAUGAUGCGGUGCCGCUGCAAGUAUGACGGGCACCGGGUCUGGCUGCACAACUGCCACACAGGAGAUUCUUACCGAGCUAAUGCAGAGCUCUCCCUGGAGCAGGAGCAGCGUCUCAGGAACAACCUCAUUUGAGGCCAUCACUGCACACUUCCGGCUGCUGCCCACACACCAGAUACCUCAGCUUAUUGGAGCCAUGCCCUUCACAGAGCCCUAACUCAGAAGGAAAGGGGCCAGUGCCAAGUGGCACCAAGAACUGCUCAGGAAGCCCUUUGAUGGCAAGAUAUCAAACGAAAUGGUACUGCUCCCUCAGGAUGACUCUGGGCCUGUCCCGUAAAGGCCUUUGGUCUACGGUCUGUGGCCUCUAGGCUUUGUUCAGAUGAGCUGCUCUUCCACAAGGAGACCCCAUCUUUCCCGGAUCUUGCCCCAGUGUUCUUGGCUCAGGAGUAAUCAGUUCCUUAGAGAUGGGCUGUGACCCAACCCCCCAUUUAAACGGUGCUUUGCAAAAGUCUUGGAGUAGAGGACGAAGGACAGAAAUACACAGGAGGCAGGAUUAGCUCUGCUAGAAGCUCAAAGCAACACAACUUGUGUCAAAGUCACAACUGGCAGAGAAGUUGAUGAAUUGAGUCCCUUGUUUAAUCUGCGCUCAUUUAGAACUCACCUGUCAUUCUAAGAGUCUGCUCUAGUGCCUUUAGCUUUAUCCUACUGCACAUAUGGGUGUUUCUAAUAUCCUGGAAGCUUAGGCCUCAGGCAUCCCCUUAUCUCCUGAUGGGCCAACACCACCAAUUACUGAGUGCUUGAGAAGGGGCAGGACUUGCAGAAGUGGCCAGAUAGGGUCUUCCUACAGAGCAGCAAGAGAAGUCCAAGCAGAAAGGCUGCUGCGAUAACAUGGACCCCGGCCCCUGCCAGGGCCUCUGCCAAGGAGAAAAUAUGCCAUACACCUGGCAGGCAAUCCAAUCUCCCUCAAGAUCACUGUGCAUCUCAGGACUUGCCUCAAUUUCAGGUCUCAACCAAGUUUCUGGAGUGAACUUUGCAUGGAAUAAGUUAGACACACGUUAAGAGAUGAUCCUUACAGGUCUGAUGCCCUAGUGCCAAUAAAGGUUGCUCAGUAUGGACAGCUACAAAGACAA